AUGUCAGGUGCUACUGAAGUACCACACGGGGAUGUUACGGCCGCAUUAAGUUUCUAUCGACCUCCAGUUGAUGGAUCUGACCCAUAUUUCACUUUCAGUAGAGAGAAAGGCCAAAAGCCAAAGUUUAACUUUUCUGACCAUGUCGUGGAUGUUACUAUACGUGAUAUCCGCGAAUGCGAGGAAGAGUUCACCCUAGACAUCCACGCCUUUCAAAUCAUUACAAAUGCACCGCCGCCGUCUUCUAAAAUAGACUUCAUGAACGACCAAUCUAUCAAAACACUAUACUAUCCUGAGAUUGUCAAUUGGCUCUCGGAUAUAGUGCAAGGCGACAUCCGAAUCUUCCCUUACGAUCAUACUGUACGCCUCGAGGCAAAGGGAGCGCAACAUGGUCCUCUGACAAGAGUCCACGUCGAUCACAUAGCCAGUAAUGUUGUUCGACGCAUUCAGACCUACUUUCCUGAAGAGGCUGAACGUCUCUUGCGAGGCCGCUACCGUAUUAUCAAUGUAUGGCGACCAUUGAACAAAAGACCACUUGAGUCAUUUCCUCUGGCAUUUGCAUCAGCGUCGGCAUUUGAUGACAAAGAUUUGGUGCCUAUAGAACAUCGCUUUGAGGAUGGAGAGUUGAUCAGAGAAGUUGGUCUUAUAAAGCAUAACUCCAGUCAGGCUUGGUAUUAUCUCAGUGGCAUGACAGACAAGGAGCGGAUAUUGCUGAAGUGUUUCGAUAGCGAGUCAUUGAAGCCCGGGGCUUCUGUUGCAUGUAAGACUACGCAUUCUGCAUUCAGAGACCCAUGCACAAGGGAAGGUUCAGAGGGGCGUUUCAGCAUCGAGGUCCGAUGUCUAGUAUUCGGUUGA